AUGGCAGACCACGUUGCAGCUGCCAGUGAUGACAUGACUCGGGAAAGAAACAUUGAGGCCCAGAGUGCUUUUGCUUCCACCCUGGUGCACGAUGUUGAGAAAGCCCAUCCCAAGGAGGUGCCAGCUGACAGGCCGCACACCAACGUGUAUGGCUCAGCCAUUGACACUGCCCCGUCUCAGGCGGGAACGGAUGCCGUGUAUGCGGCCAAGGCAGCCCUGUUGAACCAAGCCUUGAUGGACAUGGGCAUGGGUCUGUACCAGUGGAUUUUAUUCAUCAUCACCAGUGUGGGAUGGUUCUUGGAUAGUUUCUGGUUGAUGUCCUUUACGAUCAUCGCUCCCUCCAGCGCCAACGAAGCCCAAUUCUUCUACUCUGACAACAAAGAGGCAUAUCUGUUUAUUAGUCUGUAUGUCGGUCUGACCACCGGUGCCACGGCCUGGCCCUGGAUGUCCGACAUGCUGGGUCGGAAGUGGAUGUUCACGAGCACUCUGGUCCUGAUGGGCAUGGGUGGUCUUGUCGGAGCCGGUAUGCCGGCCUUUACUGGUCUCUGUGUCGUUGGCUUCGUUGUUGGCUUUGCAGUAGCCGGCAACCAGGCCGUGGAUGCGAUGAUUCUGCUGGAGUCGGUGCCUGCCUCCCACCAGUUUCUGGUCUCCAUGCAGGGUGCAUUCUGGGGAUUGGGACAGUUGGUGGCAUCAGCUGUAGGAUGGGCAUUUAUCGCCGAAUACACUUGUGGUACCGGCCCCGACGAGGUCAGCACCGGGACCGCCCUGGCGCACCAGUCGCGCGCCACCAGCAGCAGCUCCUGUCACUACGUCUCGAACAAAGGUUGGCGCUACGUGUGGUGGACUUUCGGCUGCAUGACACUGUUCCUCUACCUGUGCCGGUUCGCCUUUCCGCUGCGUGAAACACCCAAAUAUCUACUGUCCAAGCGCCGCGAUGCCGAGGCCACCCAAAUCGUCAAGGACAUUGCCGCGUACAGCAACCGCAAGACCUGGCUAGAGGAGUCGUCGUUUGCUCGGAUUGAUUCUACUGUGGAUGCUAGUGCACCAGAGUCUCGUCGCCAGUCUCGGUCCAAGUCUCUUGUGUCCUCCGCGGGGGCUAUCGGCGUUGCCGUACUCUGUCUUCUCUGGGCUGUGACAGGCCUGACCUUUGUCCUCCACAAGACCUACAUCAGCAAAUACCUCGCCACCAAGGGCGUCUCCGCAGUGACAGCCACCAGCGUGACCACCGCCUAUCUCUACAGCCGCUACCUAUACGUAGCACUAUGUGCCAUCCCAGGCCCCAUCAUCGUGGGUCUCCUCAUCGAGGCCAAGGGUUUAGGCCGGAAGCGCACGGGAGCCAUCAUCGCCGUGCUGACGGGGCUGUUCAUGUUUUUGGCCACGGUGUCUCGGUCUCGCAAUGCGCUGCUAGGGUUUGAAUGCAUCCUGUCGUUCCUGCAGACGGCUACAUUGGCUGUGUUGACCACUUACACGGUGGAGGUAUUUGCAACCCCGUGCCGCGGCUUCGGACUGGGUGUGAUGGGUCUCUCGUGGGGAAUGUUUGGACUUAUUGCGAGCAUUGUCACGACGUUUGAGGGGAGUGCAGCGGAUGGAGCGGCGGUGUGGUUCUGUGGUGCGAUUUGGGUGGUGAUGGGGGGAGCGUGGAUGGUUGUUCCUGAGACGAGGGGACGGGCAGCUGCUUGAUGAUG